AUGGAUACUCGCGCCAAAGCACUUGGGAUAUUAGGCUGGCCAGUCGUCUGUGGAGAAUCCUACAUGAAGUUGCAGGAUGAGGCGAGGGCAGAGUUCAACUACAAGCAGGCCCUCCUCGUCAAACCAGACCAUGUGCCAGCUCAUCUUACCAUGGCCAAACUCAUGCAGAAAAAGGGAUUACUGCAUGAAGCCGAGAAACUCUACAGAAAAGCUAUGUUCAUUGAUGGCAAGGAUUACUCGGUCCAUCAACAUUACGCUCAAUUCCUGGCCGAAGCGGGUCGACCGGUGGAGUGUGCCAGCAGAUAUUUAGAGGCUGUUAAACUGGCUCCCGAUGAGUUUGAGGUCGUCUUCAACACAGCAAACGCUCUCAGAACUGUCAGCAGAAAUGUUGAAGCAGAGUAUUAUUACAGAAGAGCUACUGAACUUCAACCACAGGUGGCCAUGACGCACAUGAACCUCGGGGCCAUGCUUCAUUACAAUGGAAAGUAUGAAGAGGCGGAGUUAAGUUACAUGAAGGCCUUGAACUUGAAGCCAGCCGACCAGGUGACCGUCAACAAUCUCAACAAGCUGCGGUCACUGAUUAAGAAAAAGAAGGACGAGCUAUGA